GUAAUUGAAUUAACCAAAUUUAAAACCUAAAAGUAAGCAACUUGGUCACUUUGGUUACUAAAUUUUCCCAUUGGCAUCUCUUGGCCUUCCGGUGAGAGUCAGAGUCCCUUCUUGGUUCGUUGGCUAAACUCGUGUUGUCAUAGGUAGCCUGAUUCUUGACAUUAAUAAUAGCAUUUUGAGCUGAUGUGUGUUCAAAAUUUCUUUGGUUGCAUGCCUAUUUGGCUGUGCGUUUCUUUAGUAUUUAUUGUUACCUUCUAGAGAAGAAUGUUAGAUUGCUUAUGUUGUAUAAAUCCAUUUCUGUAGAAUCAAAGUCAUUAGAGGUAAAUGGGCUGUUCAGAAAGCGUAGAGCAAGAACGUGAAAGAGACCAAGAAUUAGUACUUGGAAGAAAGAGAGUUAAAUCAGAGAAGCAGAAGAUUAGGAAGAAGAAGGGAAAAUCUAGAGGAGAUGUAGGUGGGCUUGAGGGCGAAGAUACCUUGGAUAUUAAGAGAGCAGCCACUUCGUUAAAGAAGGCGAUGACAAUAUUGAAUAAUGGGAGAGGAAAGAUGAAUAACAAUAUGCAAUGUGAUGAUGGCUCUGUUAGUUCUAUAUCAAGUGAUGAUAGUGAUGGGCAGAUUGGAUGCCUUAGUCCUCAGGCUCAAGCUAUUCAAAAGAAGCACAGCUCGAAGAAAGGAGCAACAAUGUGAGACAACCUUACUUGGGAUGACGUAGUUGAUGGUUCAUCACCUAAAAAUGAUGGAUUCACUGAGAUAUCCGUACCUGGAGGACGUUAUAAAGGUCAGUUGAAAAAUGGAGCUUUUGAAGGAGAGGGUACCCUAACACUGAAAGACGGUAGUGAAUAUACAGGGUCUUUCGAGAACAAUAAGUUUCACGGAAAAGGAAAAUUCAUAAACAAAAAGGGAAGUAUUUACCAAGGAAAGUGGCUGAAGGGCAAAUAAGCAUGGGAAGGGUGAGGAAACCACUCCUGAUGGAAGUAAAUACUGAGGGAUGUUCAAGAACGAUAAAUACGAUGGAAAAGGAACUCUCGAGUUUGCCAAUGGGACUGUUUAUAAGGGAGAAUUUAAAGAUGGGAAACUUAAUGGAGUUGGCACUUUGUUUACUGCUGCAACUGAUGGUAGAAUAGAUUCAAAUGGAGGAAGUAAAAUUAAGGCUAUCUUUAAAGAUGAUGAGAUUAUUGAGCAUCUUGAUAGCUAGACUA